AUUUCACCUUUGUCCAAAGCAAACUCACCGAUGAAUUGGGAAAGUAAUCCAUGGUUUUACGUUAUUGACAAGCGGCUUUGUUCACUCUGUAAACAAAAUUUUAAUGUACAACAGAAGGGGCGAACCCCAUAUUCUCGGGGACCUUUUAUAGGUGUCAUGAUCUGGACGGCGGUACAGCUACCUACCACCAAAGUUAUAUGGAGGUGGACCGGGUCGCACUUCAGGCCUUAUGGGCCACAACAAGCUAGUGACAUCCUCUCUUACAUCCUUUCUUGCUAUUUUUCUCAGGGUUUUGCUUCUGGAGAUGUGAACCGUGAUGCUGCUGCCGUGCGUUGCUUCCUUCGCGAAUUUAAAUUCCCCACUGUUGUGAUCGCACAGAGUUUCGCCAAAAACAUGGGCCUCUAUGGGGAACGUGUGGGCGCGCUCUCUUUGAUUUGCGAUUCGACCGAGGAAAAAGAACGUUGCAUGUCCCAACUGAAAAUUCUGAUCCGUCCUAUGUACAGUAAUCCGCCCAUUCAUGGGGCUCGUAUUGCAGCAGAGAUCUUGUCCGAUGAGAUCCUGCGUAGUAAAUGGCUGGUGGACGUAAAAUCUAUGGCCGAUCGGAUUAUUUCGAUGCGCGAAAGCUUGGUUCGUUAUUUGGCGAAGGAAGGCUCCCAACGCAAUUGGUCCCAUAUUGUCAAUCAAAUAGGCAUGUUCUGUUACAGCGGUCUUGUGCCUGAACAGGUGGACCGUCUAACUCGCGAGUACUCCAUCUACCUGACUCGUGAUGGGCGUAUGAGUAUUGCCGGUCUGUCAUCGCAAAACGUGGAAUAUUUGGCACACGCAAUGCAUCAAGUUACCAAGUAA